AUGGCUAGCGAAGCCCCUCGUCCUCCUCGUCCUCCUCCGCCCCUCCCACCCAACCUGCCACCUCACACCCCCUACUCCCGCGCGCUGCAGCAGCGCCUCUACCUCCUCGCGCAGCACGCCCGCCGCCGCCGCGGUCUCCACCCGGGCACCGCCACCUCCCUCCGCGCGCUCGACCAGCUCCACGCGCAGCUCCUCCUCAACGGCUUCCACCGCAAGCGCUUCCUCCUCGCCAAGCUCAUCUCCCUCGCCGCCGCCGCCGCCGACCUCCCCCGCGCCGAGGCCCUCUUCCUCUCCUCGACCUCGUCCUCCCCGCAGCACCCGCCCGCGCCCGAGCCCCCCACCCUCGCCAACCUCCUCCUCCGCGCCGCCGCGGCGUCCCGCGCGCGGCCUCGCCAGCUCCUCUCCCUCUUCUCCCGCCUCGUCGGCCUCCACGGGUUCCGCCCCAACGCCUUCUCCUUCUCCACGCUCUUCGCCGCCCUCUCCGGCGCGGGCGCGGGCGCGGCCCCCCACGGGGCCGCCCUCCACGCGAGCGCGCUCGCCGGCGGGUUCGCGCUGUCCAACUCGCACGUCAUGACCAGCCUCCUUGACAUGUAUGCCGCGGCCGGGCAGCUCGCGGAUGCCAGGAAGGUGUUCGACGAAAUGCCCGACAGGACGGCGGCGGCGUGGAACUGCAUGCUUUCUGCUUACGUGCGGUGCCGUGAGGUGGAUGCGGCUCUGCGUUUCUUCGGUGAGAUGCCUGGGAGGGACGCGGUGGCCUGGACGACGGUGAUAGCUGGGUGUGCCGGUGCUGGGAGGGCCGCGGAGGCGGUUGAUCUGUUCUGGAGCAUGAGGAAGGCAAGGGUCAAGGAUGAUUCGGUGACGAUGGUUGCCUUGCUGACAGCGUGUGCCGAGUUGGGGGACCUGCGUCUCGGGCGAUGGAUACAUGCACGGGUGGACCAGGAAGGCCAUUUGCAGAGGACGGUGUCGCUAGACAAUGCCCUCAUCCAUAUGUAUGUGAAGUGUGGGGCUGUGGAGGACGCGCACGGCAUGUUUCUCGAGAUGCCGAGGCGGAGUACCGUCUCAUGGACCACAAUGAUUUCCGGGCUCGCUGUCCAUGGUCGUGCCGAGGAGGCUCUAGAAUUGUUUAACAGGAUGGAGGAACGUCCUGAUGGCACAACGCUGCUCGCUGUGCUGUCUGCUUGCAGCCAUUCAGGGAAGGUUGACGACGGACGGCAAUACUUUGAGAGCAUGGAGAGAGUUUAUGGGAUUGCCCCAGAGAUACAACACUAUGGAUGCAUGGUUGACAUGCUCUGCCGCAGCAGACGAUUGCACGAAGCACUCGAGCUCGCGGAGACAAUGCCAUUGCAAUCUAAUGAGGCCGUGUGGGGUGCACUAUUGAGUGGAUGCAAGAGGGAAGAUAAUCUUGAACUUGCAGCCAAAGUAAUUGAUAGAUUGACUGAGCUACAGCCUGAUCGAGCAGCUGGGCACCUUGUGCUCCUAUCAAACAUGUAUGCGGGUGUUGGUCAGUGGGAGCAGGCUCGGAUUGUGAGGGAAAGAGUGGCUGCACUGCAUGCCGGGAAGCCUGCUGGAGGGAGCUGGGUGAAUCAAAACGAGACCAGCAUGUUGGUAGCAUGA